AUGUUUUGUGUUCAAUUAUCAAGUAAAGCUCGAGCGUUCAUCUCGACACAAAUGCAACGUCAUGUUGUGAAUCCUUCGCCGAGGCGUCUAACUUUACUCGUCUGGCACAAAUUCAAUGGAAUUAAUUUUUUAUGUCUUUUGCAAUUGCAGAGAUGCAAAAAAAAUAAUUUAACACAAAUUAAACCUUCUGAACUUUGUGGUUUACAUUUAUUCACUAUAAACUUAAGAAAACUUGUCAAACCCUAG